GCCUGAAUGUUACCUCCUCCCACCUCUUUUCAGGAUCACCCGGACCCGGGCAUCCAGUUCCACGGGGCUCAGGAAGGCGUCGUCUCUCCACCAUCUCUUAUGAGUCUUCCCAGAGCUGUGAUGAAGUUGGGCGAUGUUCAGUCCGCAGGUGAAACGGCGGGCCAAACUCAGCCCAGCUUCCCUACCGUGCGGCACUUCACAAUUGAUGACUUUGAAAUUGGGCGUCCCCUGGGCAAGGGAAAAUUUGGGAAUGUGUACCUGGCUCGGCUCAAGGAAAGCCAUUUCAUCGUGGCCCUGAAAGUGCUCUUUAAGUCCCAGAUAGAGAAGGAAGGACUGGAACACCAGCUGCGCAGAGAAAUCGAAAUCCAGGCACAUCUACAGCACCCAAAUAUCCUACGCCUGUACAACUACUUCCAUGAUGCACGCCGGGUGUACCUGAUUCUGGAAUAUGCUCCAAGGGGUGAGCUCUACAAGGAGCUGCAAAAGAGCCACACUUUAGAUGAACAGCGUACAGCCACGAUAAUGGAGGAGUUGGCAGAUGCUCUGACCUACUGCCAUGAGAAGAAGGUGAUUCACAGGGAUAUUAAGCCAGAGAACCUGCUGCUGGGGUUCAGAGGUGAGGUGAAGAUUGCAGACUUUGGCUGGUCUGUGCACACCCCCUCUCUGAGGAGAAAGACAAUGUGUGGGACUCUGGACUAUUUGCCCCCAGAAAUGAUUGAGGGGAGAACAUACAAUGAGAAGGUGGAUCUGUGGUGCAUUGGGGUGCUCUGCUACGAGCUGCUGGUGGGCAAUCCGCCCUUUGAGAGCAACUCCCACAAUGAGACCUACAGACGCAUCCUCAAGGUAGACGUAAGGUUUCCCCCAUCAAUACCUUUGGGGGCCAAGGACUUGAUCUCCAAGCUUCUCAGAUACCAGCCCUUGGAGCGGCUGCCCUUGGACCAGAUCAUGGAGCACCCCUGGGUCCGUGCCCACUCUCGAAGGGUGCUGCCUCCAUCUGCUCAGAUGGCUUCCUGAGCCCUGUCUGCCCCUCCUCCUUUGUGUUUGUUCCGGGAGUACUCUUGGCUCUGCUAUCUCACCUGUCGUUUGUUUCUUCUCUUUUAAGAUGCAAGAUGUUAAUUAAUAAAAGCUGAAUCAUUUUGUACCAGG